AUGGGAGACCAGAGGCGGCUGGACCGGCCGAGGCCCCCGGGCAUGGACUCCAAGUCCUCGUGCUGUGACAAACAGCCUUCCAAGUGCUUCGCGAAGCGCAAGUACAGGCGCCUGAGGUUCCCGCCCAUGGACCCUCGGAACCGGGUAUUUGUGACGGAGGGCGUGGACAACUUCCGCUAUGGCUGUCUGUCUCCCGAAGGUACGCUCGUUUGUCGCCGUGACGAGUUUUUACUCCCCAAAAUAUCUCUCAGAAGUCCCCAAGCUGACCCCAAGGGCAAGAAAAAAAAGCUGCGCAAGAAAGCGGCCCUAUUUUCCGAGCUCUCACCAGCCCAGCCAACAACGAAGGCGUUCGUAGAGGGAGUGGAAGCCCAACUGACGGCCAAGCCUCCCUUGGCCAUGAACUCCAAUCUGGGAGAAGAUAUGCCUCCAGAUCUCCUACUACAGGUGCUGAAACCGCUGGAUCCUGAGAGGAAGCUGGAGGACACAUGCGCUUGUCAGGGCCAGGGGACGACAACCGACGAACCCAUGGAGCCUGGUAAAUACCCCUGUGGGGAAUUCUGCCCGCGGCCUCCCAAGACUCCGGUGUCCCAUCUCCGCCCGGAGCUUCCCAAGACCCCGGUGUCCAGUCUCCGCCCAGAGCCUCCCAAGACUCGGGUGUCCAGUCUCCACCCAGAGCCUCCCAAGACUGGAGCGUCCCAUCUCCGCCCAGAACCUCCCAAGACUCGGGUGUCCAGUCUCCACCCGGAGCCUCCCAAGACUGGAGGGUCCCAUCUCUGCCAGGAGCCUCCCAAGACUCGCGUACCUCCUCUCCGCCCGGAGCCUCCCGAGAAUGGAGCGUCUCAUCGCCGCCCAGAGCCUCCCAAGACUCCGGUGUCCGGUCUCCGCCCGGAGCCUCCUAAGACUGGAGUGUCUCAUCUCUGCCCGGAGCCUCCCAAGACUGCAGUGUCUCAUCUCUGCCCGCUGCCUCCCGAGACUCCCGUGUCCAGUCUCCACCCAGAGCCUCCUGAGACUGGAGGGUCCCAUCUCCGCCCAGAGCCUCCCAAGAGUCAGGUGUCUAGUCUCCGCCCAGAGCCUCCCGAGACUGGAAUGUCUAAUCUCUGCCCGGAACCUCCCAGCACUCGCCGGGUGUCCAGUCUCCUACAACAGUUGCUGAAACUGGACUCUGACAGGAAGCUGGAAGACGCACAAGCUCGUUGUGAGGGCCGAGAGACGACAACCGAGGAACUCACCAAGCCUAGUAAAUACUUUUUUUGGGAAUCCUGCCCGCGGCCUUUCGAGAGUCGGAUGCCCCAUCUCCGCCUUGUGCUUCCCAAGACUCGUCGAAUGUCCAGUCUCUGCCUAGAGCCUCCCAAGACUCGUCGAGCGUCCAGUCUCUGCCCGGAGCCUACCAAGACUGGAGUGUCCCAUCUAAAAGAACUGUUUCAGGAAGAUACACCAAACACAACGGAGUGUGUUUCUGACUAUCUUGAACGUAGAUUCACAUUGAGAAAACUCCGUGACUUCAAGUGGGCAGGAGACCUGGGAGUUGAUGCAGAGUCCAUCAGCAGUCUGUUUGACUUUACCCCUGAGUGCCGAGCAACCUGUCAAGAGCAAAACAUUGAGAAGGCAAACGAGUGUUCCUCAGAGCUGAAGUACAGCAUGGAGCUAGAUGACAUGGAUGAGAUCGACUUCUCGCAGAUAAAAGAAUGGGACAGGAAACUCCAGGCGGCACCAAAUUCUUACAGUGCACAAGGUAUGAAGAUGAGGUAUGGGCCAUGGUACUUCAAGCCUAAGUUGGGGAAAAAGCUAAGAAGUGAUGAACCUUUGAUUGACCCCAAACUCGUACUUAAAAAGCCUGAUGAACCCGACAUUCUUGACGGUCUUUAUGGACCAAUUGCCUUUAAGGAUUUCAUUCUAAGCAAGGGCUACAGAAUGCCUGGCAUCCUUGAAAGACUGUUUGCCAAGAAGGGAUGGACUUUUGACUCUGUUAAGACUCCUAUGCAACGUGCAAUGCAAGUUUACAAGUACAAAGAAGACGUCACAGAUGCAUCGAAAGAAGAUUAG